CCGUUCGUAAGCUUGACUUGUAGGAAAGAUUUCUAUCUUACGGUGCUUUCUUGAAGAGACGACUCUUCCUUUCUGAUGUUAUCAAUGUGAGUUCAUCAACGAAGAAAAUACAGUAUAUUUACAUAGGGCUUACAUUACUUGAUCGCUGGCGAUUGAUUCAUAUAAUUACGCAAACUCGGAUCAAAGUAUAUAUCUAUCCAGUCUAUUCAUCAAUUUAUAAUAUCAAUCACCGUCUUACGAUAAUCCUACGCCCUAUCCUCUUCUCCAUCAGCAAUAUCCUAUAUCUUCAUCAUGGCAUGCGGAUGGCUUUCCUCACCGAUUAUGAAACGCAAAUGGAAAUAUCCUAGAGUUAUCAUUUGGCUCAAUGUAAUCGAACUUGCGGGUACAAUCGCAGCACUCAUCAUGUUCGGUAUCGCGGAUCCGGAUUUGUAUCGAACGAGUUUGUGGCAAAUUGGUUAUGAUAAUGGAUUUAAUAGUAGUCCGGCUGAGAUUCUAUAUGCUUAUGCGAAUUAUCGUCCAAUACCAAAGAUUGCUUUUGUUUGGAGUCAGACGUAAGUUUGAUUCCUCGGUCGUACGGGAUGAUAUGCGAUGGAUGAGAGGAGUAUGAGAUGAAAAUCAAGCUAACUGAAUAAUUUCUAUUUUAUAGAUUGCAAAAUUUCAAUGUCGGAAUUUCCGUUCUUUCUAUGUUCAUCCAACUUUGCAAAGUCGUCAUGUUUAUUAUGCAUGUUUGGUGGCCUCUUCUCUCGACUGUUAUCAAUGGACUUCUUACUGUCUGUUGGAUUGUCAGUAUAUACGGACAAGCCGGGCCAGAUCAUACUGAUCCAAAACAUCCAAGUAAUGUAGCUUGGUAUGUUGCAAAGAGUUGUUCAUAUGCCAGACCGUCUGGGAAUGAGCAUUAUUGUCAGAUGGCUAAAGGAACUUUUGCCGUUACAGUUUUUAUGAUGUAUGUCACUAUCCAUCAUCCCACACGUUCAAAAUUUAACAAAUAAUUAGGAUCAUCUACUUAGCCAAUACAAUCCUCGGUAUUGAUUCUCUCAUCCCUUCACGCUUGGAACGUUCAAUCAAUGCGCUCGAUCUAGAAGAUAACCUUGUAUCGACAAACAAAGCUGGAAAGAGAGUAAAGACAACAGAUUCCCCAGAACCAGAAACUCCGUGGGAAAUGCAGGAUAUGUCACAAAGUGCAGAUCUUUUGAAACAACCUUUUACACCCAGAACAAUGGCCUUUAAAUCUUUGGAUAGACAAUUACCAUUAAGGGCUACCUCGGCUCCGAGAUUUGCAUAAAUUUUCUGUUAUGGGUUUGGAAGGGAGUUGAAGAUAUCGUUAUUUUAUGAUUAUGAUUUAUCGUGAAAAUUUGUUUCUACAGAAGGAUUUCGGAUGAUUAUCAAUAUCAAUGACGCGGACAAAACUAUAUUUUCAGGAUGAAUUCUUUUUUCUUUCUAUUUUUAUGAAUCAGGAUGGUUAGGGAAUUGGAUCAGUGGAAAGGGAAAAUAUUCACAGGAAUGGCUGCGGAAUAGUACAACUAGUACUCAUUCACUCAUUCAUCAUUUAAGAUACCAAGGGAACGAAUGAAUGAAAAUGAAAAAGGUUUUCUUGUAAGGAUAAUGGAUAAUGUAAGAUGUUUGUUUUAUUUUAAUGUUCUCUAUAUGAAAAUAAAUGAUAUCUUGGGUUCGGGGGUGG